AUGCAUCUUCCGGCUCUUACCCUGGCUUUGGCUGGCACAGCACUUGCGGCGAAGAACACCACCAGGCCGUAUUCGACAUGGAUGGCCUCUUCCUUUUUGUCCAAGAGCCAGCACAUGGACAACCACUAUGUCGCUUCGGUCAUCCAUGAAGGUAUCCAGAAAGCCGCCACAACGCAAAACGACUCUUCUCUGCUUGCGUACGCUUCCGAAGCCGUCUCGUCGGUUGUUUCCUCCAACGGCACUAUCAAGGGUUGGAACUCCACCUUCUACACACUGGACGACAUCCGGGUUGGCAACAACAUCCUUUACUUCUGGAACUCGGAGGGCCGUAAAGACGACAAGUACGUUGUUGCGGCUAAGGGUCUCCGUGAGCAGCUGGACCGAUGGCCGCGCACCCCCACAGGCGGGUUCUGGCACAGGGCCCCUGUCUAUGCGAACCAGAUGUGGCUAGAUGGUAUUUACAUGGCCGAUACCUUCUAUGCGACCUACACAUCAUACUUCGAGCCCGACAACACGACUGCGUGGAACGAUAUCGAGUUGCAAUUCGAUCUGAUCGAGGAGCACUGCCGAAACACGACAACCAACCUCUUGUACCAUGGCUACAGCGAAGACAAGUCGACUGUGUGGGCUGACCCUGAGACUGGUGCUUCACCAUAUGUGUGGGACCGUGCUCUGGGAUGGUACUUUGUUGCGCUCGUUGAGGUGCUCGAAGUCUUCCCCAAGACACACGCUGGUUACUCCAAGCUCGUUGACUACUUUGUCACUCUGGCCUCUGGUAUCAAGGACGUUCAAGAUAUCAGCGGCGGAUGGUGGCUACUUAUGGACCCGGAGCUUGCUGGAAAGGAGGGAAACUACAUCGAGUCGAGUGCCACGGCCAUGUUCACCUACGCAUACAUGAAGGGUGUCAGGCUGGGUUUGUUGGAGAAGUCGUACCAGGAGACAGCGUCCAAGGCGUGGGAUCUGAUGUUGGAUGACUUCAUCCAGUACGAGAAGAACGGCACCCUCAGCUUUACCGGCACGGUUACUGUAGGAAGUUUGAAGGGCGAUGCGUCUUACGAGUACUACACUGGUGUUGAGACGCUGGUUAACGAUGGUAAGGGUGCUGGUGCGUUCAUGUACGCCGCCACCGAAAUGGAGAAGGCUGGACUGGAGUAG